AUGUCUACUGCUUCAAAAAUCACCUUUGGUUCUGCAUGCCUUCUCGCUGGUGGAACUUUUUUGGGUAUUAACUACCUCCAGAGAAGCGAAAGAGCGUCACUUAGACAAGGCCCAAUCAAAGAUGCGGAAAGAGUGGCCGCUAAGGAGUUAAGCAAGAAGCAGAAAGUCAAUGAUAUGGAACACAAAGAACAAAUGAUGCUUAAGGAGAAGUUUGCCAGUGUUCAGCCGUUAAACAACGAAGUUAUACGGGCAGACGAAGAACAAAAGUAG